CUCUGGCUAUAGCCGCGGGAGGUCCGGACACAGGCGGCCAUGGGACUCGCCGGGGAAAAGCUGAUAAAUGUACUUUAACAUUAAAAGUACUGCUAAUGGGGUUUGGAAUAUGGAAUGCCUGUGUCUCUGAGCUGAGAUCCUGUUUUCCUCUCUUUUUCAGGUAACAGAGGACACAUAUCUUAGCCGGGUUGCUCUAAGAACCAAUGUCUGAACCACUUCAGCAUGGCUUAUAGAGGAGGAGGGGGGCAUGUCAAGCCUCCCUCAGCUCUAUGCUCCUCCGUUAACUCUGGAAAGUUUUCCACCUGUACAGCCCUUUCUCAUAAUAUAUGCAUGGUAUCUGACUUUUUCUACCCAAACAUGGGAGGAGUGGAAAGCCACAUAUACCAGCUCUCUCAGUGCCUGAUUCAAAGAGGGCACAAGGUCAUAAUUGUUACCCAUGCUUACAGAGAUCGAAAAGGCAUCCGUUACCUCACUAAUGGCCUCAAAGUCUAUUACUUGCCUCUGAAAGUCAUGUACAACCAAUCUACAGCCACGACCCUCUUUCACAGUCUGCCAUUGCUCAGGUACAUAUUUGUUCGGGAGAGAGUCACAAUAGUCCAUUCCCAUAGUUCUUUUUCUUCCAUGGCCCAUGAUGCUCUCUUCCACGCCAAGACAAUGGGGCUCCAUACAGUCUUCACGGACCAUUCCCUCUUUGGAUUUGCUGAUGUCAGCUCGGUGCUCACAAACAAGCUUCUAACUGUGUCGCUCUGUGACACAAACCACAUCAUUUGUGUCUCUUAUACUAGUAAGGAAAAUACUGUACUAAGAGCAGCACUGAAGCCUGAAAUAGUGUCCGUCAUUCCUAAUGCGGUAGAUCCUACUGACUUCACUCCAGAUCCAUUUAGGAGACAUGAUAGUAUAACUAUUGUUGUUGUCAGCAGACUUGUUUACAGAAAAGGUACCGAUUUGCUUUGUGGCAUAAUACCUGAACUCUGUCAGAAGUAUCAAAAUUUAAAUUUCAUAAUUGGCGGAGAGGGACCAAAGAGAAUUAUUUUGGAAGAAGUACGGGAAAGAUACCAGCUACAUGACAGGGUGCGUCUUUUGGGAGCUUUAGAACACAAGGAUGUUAGAGAUGUCUUAGUUCAAGGACAUAUUUUUCUUAAUACCUCCCUUACCGAAGCAUUCUGCAUGGCAAUUGUGGAAGCAGCCAGUUGUGGUUUACAGGUUGUAAGUACCAAGGUUGGUGGAAUUCCUGAGGUGCUUCCAGAAAGUCUCAUUGUUCUUUGUGAGCCUUCAGUAAAAUCUCUGUGUGAAGGGUUGGAAAAAGCUAUUUUCCAGCUGAAGUCGGGGACACUUCCAACCCCAGAAAAUAUCCAUAACAUAGUAAAGACUUUCUACACCUGGAAGAAUGUUGCGCGAAGAACUGAAAAGGUGUAUGAGUUGGUCUUGAAGGAAGAUGUGUUGUCCGUGGACAAGCGGCUGGAUAGGCUCAUCUCUCACUGCGGCUCAGUCACAGGCCACAUUUUUGCUCUGUUGGCUGUGCUCAACUAUCUGUUCCUUAUCGUACUGAGAUGGAUCACUCCAGAUUCUGUCAUUGAUGUUGCAAUAGAUGCCACUGGCCCAAGGGGUGCCUGGACUCAUCACUGUCCUCACAGUGAAAAAAGGGGUGAGAAUGAGAAGGUGUCUAAAACGAGGUAGAAGAAAGCCUGCCUUGUAAUGUUUUAAACAUUUCUAACACUUCUAUUAAGAUGAUUGAAAAUAACCUUGCUAUUUUUGUUUUUGUUUUUUGAAGUUAAUUCAGUAAGUUAUGCUACCUCUAUAUCAUUCAAUGUUUUAGUUUGAGGAAAGAUAAAAACUUAUGCAAUUCCUGAGUGUAGAAACUUCUUGCACUUCUUCUUUACAGUUUAGGAGAGAACGGUUAAGCCACUCAGGUAUGAAAUUUUUCAGAUACUGAAAUCCCUCUAGCAGAGAUGUUUUAACAUUACUUUUUGAGAGCUUUGGGUGCUGAAGGGCCAAAUGUUUCUGGGCAUUUUUUGGCCAGUUUUUAAUGUUAAACCGUUAUGUAGACAUUCACCAAAUGUUUACAAGUUUUCUUUAGGGAAGUAUACCAAUUAUGGGAACUCCUUUAAGUCAUGUUCAUAUAUAUCUAUUAGGCAGUAAAGCGAUGCUCUUAAACGUUUAUUGGGUCCUCUCAGUAGGUGUUACAUAUUUUCAGCAGGUUUCUUCGGAUGGUCUCUUAGCUAACCAGCAUGUUUUGAUCACCUGCUGUGUGUAAACUGCUGUGAAGGACCAGGGAUGCAUUCACUCUUUGUUUAUCACUUAGACAGCUUACUAUAGUCAUGGUUGACGUUAAAAGGUAAAAUAUCUAACAUGCCAAAAAUGCUUAUGCUAGUUAGUGCCAGGAAGAAGUUGCUGGCAUAUUCCAGGUCCUUCUUUGAUCCUAUUGUAUGCAUUCUCUUAGGUAGAGCCUUCAUCUUCAGUUCUGUUUAUGAAGAGCCCUUUUGCUUUUUUAAAUUCUAGGGACCGAUAUCACUGUUGAUGAUAGUGCAGAGAAAGCCUCCACAUUUUUCAGUGCAUAAUUUAGUCCUCUGUAAAUGCCUUCUUGUUAUCUGAGCAGAAUGUAUGAGGUGUGCCAUCUCAAAACCAGCUGCUACUCUACCCUUUUGAUAUGUCACUACCCUCCACUGUGGCCUAGCUGAUGUCUGAUAAGUGUUGUCAGUGUGGAACAGGCUUUACUCCAGAAUGUUUUAUUUAUAGCAGACCAAGUCUGAAAAUUUUAGGAACACAAGUCUCUUUGUGGAUAGAUGUUAACUGUAAUCAUUGUUGCCCAGAGCCAUGGGUUUUUAACCCCCGAUUAUCCAUGUGGUGUGUAUUAUUCUUUGAACUCUUCAGAAUAAAUUUUUGUGUAAAAGGACUGUGAAAUCAAAAUAAUGAGGCACUUGUGUGUGCACUAGAUAGAUUCUGUCAGUAUUGUGAUUCUGUACAGGAUAUUUUUAAUGACAGCAUUCACAAAACGUCUUACCUUUUAAAAAGUAUCUUCUAGGGGCUGGGGAUUUAGCUCAGCGUCAAAGCGCCUGCCUGGCAAG